CAGAGCAAAACCCUAACACUUGGAUUACUCAGAAACAGACAAAAGAAAGACGCAGCUAUGUCAGGAAAGCAGCUAGAUCAAUGGGGGAGUGGGUACCAAAGUUACGACUAUGAUUUGGACGACUACUCGUACAGUCCUCCAUCGCAAGGGAAUGUACAAGUGGCAAGAAUGGGAUAUGUGGGUGUUGUUAGUGCAGAAGACAAACAAGUGAGCAGCUAUGAACAAAGUUGGAGGACUCACGAUCGCAACAGGCAAACUGGAAGCUAUACGACCGCUUCAACAAAGGAGGUUGCUUCUCGUGGUGAAACAUUCAAGGAGAGGUCAAGUGGGAGAGUUGGGUCGAAGGAUGAAUUCAAAACCACCUCCACUUACAGGGUUGGUGACCGAAGUGGAUAUACCGAGUAUCAGCAUCAAGAGAGGUUCCGGCGUGUUGAUUUUGGCAGCGGCAGCAGCAGCAGCAUAAGAGGAUCGGCGGGUAGCAAGGGGGGUAAGUAGGCAUGCAUGCUUGUAUGACUUUUGACUAGAAUUUAGUAGCUAGCUGGAACUUGGUUUGUGGUGUCCCUUUGAUAUGCUGUUUUCUGCCGUAGAAAAUAAGAUGGAAGAGAUAGGCUUUUGUUGUUUUUUGGUGUUUGUAAUGCUCUGAUAGGUUUAGAGAGCUGAAUUGAAUUUCAGAAACAGAAGUAUGUGGUAUCGUUGGUCGGUAUUUUGAUACUGUUUGGUCAAGAAUGGAAGUCAAUGUUUUUAAUAAAUAAUGA